AUGCGUCCGGAGAUCGAACAGGAGCUGGCUCACACCUUGCUGGUGGAGCUGCUCGCCUACCAGUUCGCCUCGCCCGUCCGAUGGAUUGAAACCCAAGAUGUCGUCCUCGCCGAGCAGCGCACCGAGCGCAUUGUCGAGAUCGGUCCCGCAGAUACCCUCGGUGGCAUGGCCCGCCGCACACUUGCCUCCAAGUACGAGGCCUACGACGCCGCUACCUCCGUGCAACGUCAGAUUCUCUGCUAUAACAAGGACGCUAAGGAGAUCUAUUACGAUGUCGACCCCAUUGAGGACGAGCCUGAGCCCACGCCUGCGGCGGAAGCGCCUGCGGGUGUCGAAGAUGCCCCCGUUACCGCCGUGGACGUGCUGCGAUCCCUCGUGGCGCAGAAGCUCAAGAAGAGCCUGGCUGAUGUGCCAUUGACAAAAGCGAUUAAGGAUUUGGUUGGAGGCAAAUCUACAUUACAAAACGAGAUCCUGGGUGACCUGGGCAAAGAGUUCGGCUCCACACCGGAGAAGCCGGAGGACACUCCGCUGGACGAGCUUGGUGCUGCCAUGCAGGCCACCUUCAACGGCCAAUUGGGCAAGCAGUCGUCCUCUUUGAUUGCGCGUACCGUCUCCUCCAAGAUGCCCGGUGGCUUCAACAUCACAGCAGUGCGGAAAUACUUGGAAACCCGCUGGGGUUUGGGCUCCGGCCGUCAGGACGGAGUGCUGCUGCUCGCCAUUACUAUGGAGCCGGCCUCCCGUCUUGGCUCUGAGGCUGACGCCAAGGCCUUCCUCGACGAUGUCGCCAACAAGUACGCCGCCAGCGCCGGUAUCAACCUCUCUGCCCCUGCUGCCGGUGGUGACUCCGGCGGCGGCGGCGGUGGUGGCAUGAUGAUGGACCCGGCCGCCAUUGAUGCCCUCACCAAGGAUCAGCGUGCGUUGUUCAAGCAGCAGCUCGAGGCUAUUGCCCGCUAUCUCAAGAUGGACCUGCGUGCCGGUGACAAGGCAUUUAUCACUUCCCAAGAGACCCAAAAGGCUCUGCAGUCACAGAUCGACCUGUGGCAGGCCGAGCACGGUGACUUUUACGCCUCUGGUAUCGAGCCGUCUUUCAACCCUCUCAAGGCUCGCGUGUACGACUCCUCCUGGAACUGGGCUCGCCAGGAUGCUCUUAGCAUGUACUACGAUAUUAUUUUCGGCCGUCUGCAGGUGGUGGACCGUGAAAUUGUCAGCCAGUGCAUUCGCAUCAUGAACCGCUCCAACCCUCUUCUCCUCGACUUCAUGCAAUACCAUAUCGACAACUGCCCCACAGAGCGUGGUGAGACCUACCAGUUGGCCAAGGAGCUCGGACAGCAGCUCAUCGAGAACUGCCGCGAUGUUAUGGAUGUCGCUCCCGUCUACAAGGAUGUCGCUGUCCCGACCGGCCCUGAGACCACCAUCGACUCUAAGGGUACCAUCGGCUACAAGGAAGUGCCCCGUGCUAGCGCUCGUAAGCUGGAGCACUACGUCAAGCAGAUGGCCGAGGGAGGUCCCAUCUCCGAGUACAGCAACCGAAACAAGGUGCAGAACGACCUGAAGAAUGUCUAUAAGAUGAUUCGCAAGCAACAUCGUCUCUCCAAGACCUCACAGCUUCAGUUCGAUGCUCUCUACAAGGACGUCCUGCACGCCCUCAACAUGAACGAGAGUCAAAUCAUGCCUCAGGAGAACGGCAAGAAGUCUGGCAUCAAGCGCGCUCCCCGUCCCGGCAAGGUCGAGACCAUUCCCUUCCUGCACUUGAAGAAGAAGAGCGAGCACGGCUGGGAUUACAGCAAGAAGCUCACCGGCACCUACUUGAAGGUGCUGGAGUCCGCUGCUGCUGAGGGUCUGUCCUUCCAGGGCAAGAAUGUCCUCAUGACCGGUGCCGGUGCCGGUUCCAUCGGCGCGGAGGUUCUUCAGGGUCUGAUCAGCGGUGGUGCCAAGGUCAUUGUCACCACUUCCCGAUUUUCUCGUGAGGUCACCGAGUAUUACCAGGCCAUGUACGCCCGCUACGGUGCCCGCGGUUCCCAGCUGGUUGUCGUGCCCUUCAACCAGGGUAGCAAGCAAGAUGUGGAGGCUCUUGUCGAAUACAUCUACGACAUUAAGAAGGGUCUCGGCUGGGAUCUGGACUUCGUCGUUCCUUUCGCCGCCAUCCCUGAGAAUGGCCGUGAGAUUGACAACAUUGAUUCCAAGUCCGAGCUGGCUCACCGUAUCAUGUUGACCAACCUGCUCCGCAUGCUGGGCUCUAUCAAGAGCCAGAAGCAGGCCAACGGCUUCGAGACUCGCCCGGCUCAGGUUGUCUUGCCUCUGUCCCCCAACCACGGUACCUUCGGUAAUGACGGUCUGUACUCCGAGUCUAAGUUGGCGCUGGAGACCCUCUUCAACCGCUGGUACUCUGAGAACUGGAGCAACUACCUCACCAUCUGCGGUGCCGUUAUCGGCUGGACCCGCGGUACUGGUCUGAUGAGCGGCAACAACAUGGUCGCCGAGGGUGUUGAGAAACUUGGUGUCCGCACCUUCUCUCAGCAGGAGAUGGCCUUCAACCUUCUGGGUCUGAUGUCCCCCGCUAUCGUCAACCUUUGCCAACUUGACCCCGUCUGGGCUGAUCUGAACGGUGGUCUGCAGUUCAUCCCCGAUCUCAAGGGAUUGAUGACCAAGCUCCGCACUGAUAUCAUGGAGACCAGCGAUGUCCGCCAGGCCGUCAUUAAGGAGACUGCCAUCGAGCACAAGGUUGUCAACGGCGAGGACAGCGGCGUUCUGUACAAGAAGGUCGUUGCUGAGCCCCGUGCCAACAUCAAGUUUGAAUUCCCCAAGCUCCCCGACUGGGAGAGCGAGGUCAAGCCCAUCAACGAAUCUCUCAAGGGUAUGGUCAACCUCGACAAGGUCGUCGUUGUCACCGGUUUCUCCGAGGUUGGUCCCUGGGGUAACUCUCGCACUCGUUGGGAGAUGGAAGCCAAUGGCAAGUUCUCUCUCGAGGGCUGUGUUGAGAUGGCCUGGAUCAUGGGUCUGAUAAGGCACCACAACGGUCCGCUCAAGGGCAAGGCCUACUCUGGCUGGGUUGAUGCUAAGACUGGUGACCCCGUCGAUGACAAGGACGUCAAGCCCAAGUACGAGAAGUACAUCCUUGAACACACCGGUAUCCGCCUGAUCGAGCCUGAGCUAUUCAAGGGCUACGAUCCCAAGCAGAAACAGUUGCUACAGGAGAUCGUCAUCCAGGAGGACCUCGAGCCCUUCGAGGCCUCCAAGGAGACUGCUGAGGAGUUCAAGCGUGAACACGGUGACAAGGUUGAGAUCUUCGAAAUCCCCGAGUCGGGCGAGUACACUGUCCGCCUGCGCAAGGGCGCCAACCUGCUUAUCCCCAAGGCUCUGCAGUUUGACCGUCUGGUCGCUGGCCAGGUCCCUACCGGCUGGGAUGCCCGCCGCUACGGUAUUCCCGAGGAUAUCAUCGAGCAGGUCGACCCGGUCACCCUGUUCGUUCUCGUCUGUACCGCCGAGUCUAUGCUAUCUGCCGGUAUCACUGAUCCGUACGAGUUCUACAAGUACGUCCACUUGUCGGAAGUUGGUAACUGCAUUGGUUCCGGUAUCGGUGGUACCCAUGCUCUGCGCGGUAUGUACAAGGAUCGUUACCUUGACAAGCCGCUGCAGAAGGAUAUCCUGCAGGAGUCCUUCAUCAACACCAUGAGUGCUUGGGUGAACAUGCUGCUCUUGUCUUCCACUGGUCCUAUCAAGACCCCCGUUGGUGCUUGCGCCACUGCUGUCGAGUCCGUUGACAUUGGUUACGAGACCAUUGUCGAGGGUAAGGCCCGUGUCUGCUUCGUCGGUGGUUUCGAUGACUUCCAAGAGGAGGGCUCUUACGAGUUUGCCAACAUGAAGGCUACCAGCAACGCCGAGGAUGAGUUCGCUCACGGUCGCACUCCUCAGGAGAUGUCGCGUCCGACCACCACCACCCGUGCCGGUUUCAUGGAGUCGCAAGGUUGCGGUAUGCAGCUCAUUAUGACCGCCCAGCUUGCCCUGGACAUGGGUGUUCCGAUCCACGGUAUCAUUGCCCUGACUACGACCGCCACCGACAAGAUCGGCCGCUCCGUGCCCGCUCCUGGUCAGGGUGUUCUCACCACUGCUCGUGAGAACCCUGGCAAGUUCCCUUCGCCCCUGCUGGACAUCAAGUACCGUCGCCGCCAGCUGGAUUUGCGCAAGAAGCAGAUCAAGGAAUGGCAAGAGUCCGAGCUACUCUACCUGCGUGAGGAGGUUGAGGCUAUGAAGGCUCAGGGGGAUGACACUUUCAAUGAAUCUGACUACCUGCAGGAGCGCGCCCAGCACAUCGAGCGUGAGGCUGUUCGCCAGGAGAAGGAUGCUCAGUUCAGCCUGGGCAACAACUUCUGGAAGCAGGAUUCGCGCAUCGCUCCCCUGCGUGGUGCCCUGGCCACCUGGGGUCUAACUGUCGACGACAUUGGCGUUGCUUCCUUCCACGGUACCUCCACUGUUGCAAACGACAAGAACGAGUCCGAUGUGAUCUGCCAACAGCUCAAGCACCUUGGCCGCAAGAAGGGCAAUGCCGUGAUGGGUAUCUUCCAGAAGUAUCUGACCGGUCACCCCAAGGGUGCUGCCGGGGCUUGGAUGUUCAACGGCUGUCUGCAGGUUCUGGAGAGUGGUCUCGUUCCAGGUAACCGCAAUGCCGACAACGUUGAUAAGGUGAUGGAGAAGUUCGACUACAUCGUCUACCCGAGCCGCAGCAUCCAGACCGACGGAGUCAAGGCCUUCUCGGUCACCUCCUUCGGUUUCGGUCAGAAGGGUGCCCAGGUCAUUGGUAUCCACCCCAAGUAUCUGUAUGCCGCUCUUGACCAGGCACAGUACCAGACCUACAAGAACAAGGUCGAGGCCCGUCAAAAGAAGGCUUACCGGUACUUCCACAACGGCCUGAUCAGCAACACCAUCUUUGUCGCCAAGAACAAGGCUCCGUACGAGGACAACCUCCAGAGUAAGGUCUUCCUGAACCCCGACUACCGCGUUAGCGUCGACAAGAAGACCUCUGAGUUGAAGUACUCCGCCGCCGCCCCCAAGGCCGAGGCUUCUGGCACGGAAAGCACCCGGCAAAUGGUCGAGUCGCUGGCCAAGGCCCACGCCACCGAGAACAGCAAGGUCGGCGUGGAUGUGGAGAACAUAGACGCUGUCAACAUCUCCAACGAGGACUUUGUCGAGCGCAAUUUCACCGCCAGUGAGCAAGAGUACUGCCGCAAGGCUGCCUCCCCGCAGUCCUCGUUCGCUGGCCGGUGGAGCGCAAAGGAAGCUGUUUUCAAGUCUCUUGGUGUGAGUAGCCAAGGCGCUGGUGCCGCACUGAAGGAUAUUGAGAUCGGAAGUGAUGCCAACGGCGUGCCCAUUGUCAACCUCCACGGAUCCGCCGCCGCCGCCGCCAAGUCUGCCGGCGUGAAGUCGAUCAAUGUCAGCAUUAGCCACAGUGACAGCCAAGCCGUUGCCGUGGCGGUUUCGCAGUUCUAA